AUGGAUACAUAUAUGAGGACCGGGAUCGGCGCUGAAGGUAGUGGUAAGCUUGUGGCCUUACGGGUCUCGAGCAUAGGCGUAAAUUACACCGCCAAAUUCUCCUCCUGGGAGGAGCUCUUCAACCUCUCGUCGCGCCAACUGCGCGAGCGCGGCAUCGAGCCCGCCCGGGACCGACGCUACCUCCUGCGAUGGCGCGAGAAGUACCGCAAGGGCGAGUUCGGCAUCGGGGGGGAUAUGCGAUUCGUGGAGGAUGGGGUGGGCACGAUGAGGGUGGUGGAGGUGCCGAAAAGGACGACGACGACGACGACGACGCUGCCGCUAACAACGCCCUUGAUGACGAGAUUGAUCAUCAACCUGCCCGCCGGCGAGACGGAGCCUACGAAAGCAUUGGACGAGGGACAGUCGACUUUUGACUUGAGGAAAGUGGCCGGUGUAAGGCUGGCGAAUGGGCAUAUGAUUGAGGGGCCGUAUGUGCAGCCGACCAAGGGGUCGAAUGGGAGCGUGGCGACGUUGAAGGUCCAGGAGGGGCUUUGGGAGCACAGGAGGGGCCACAAGGUUGAUGGAGGGGAGAGGAGGAAGGCAGAGGUUAGGUUUAAGAGGGGCGUUGAGCAGAGGCGGAAAGCGAGGGGGUAG